UCCCGCCGCCGCCGCCGCCGCCGCCUCAGCGAUCGCAAACCCGGAAGACGCGCCCCGGCGGCUGGGAGCGGGAGCCCGCCCGGCCAUGCAGCCCCUGGAGGUGGGUCUGGUUCCCGCUCCGGCGAGGGAGCCGAGACUGAGCCUCUGGCUGCGGAGAGGCAGUGGGAUCUUGGCGCACCUGGUGGCUUUGGGCUUCACCAUCUUCCUGACCGCGCUGUCCCGGCCAGGCACCAGUCUUUUCUCCUGGCACCCUGUAUUCAUGGCCUUGGCGUUCUGCCUCUGCAUGGCUGAGGCCAUCCUGCUCUUCUCGCCUGAACACUCUCUGUUCUUCUUCUGCUCCCGAAAGGCCCGGAUCCGACUCCACUGGGCGGGACAGACCCUAGCCAUCCUCUGUGCGGCCCUGGGCCUGGGCUUCAUCAUCCUCAGCAGGGCCCGCAGUGAGCUGCCCCACCUGGCGUCCUGGCACAGCUGGGCGGGGGUGGUGACGCUGCUGGCCACGGGUGGGCAGGCGCUGUGCGGGUCCUGCCUUCUCUGUCCCCGAGCAGCCGGGGUGUCCAGGGUGGCUCGCCUCAAACUCUACCAUCUUACUUGUGGACUGGUGGUCUACCUGACGGCUACGGUCACGGUGCUCCUGGGCAUGUACUCAGUGUGGUUCCAGGCCCAGAUCAAAGGUACAGCCUGGUACCUGUGCCUGGCACUGCCCCUCUAUCCUGCCCUGGUGAUCAUGCACCAGAUCUCCAGCUCCUACUUGCCAAAGAAGAAAAUGGAAAUGUGAGUUUCUCCAAACUCUGAAUGCAGGUGGGACACUUGCCUUGGACUUAAAGGUUCCCAUUGGUGCGCUUCAGGGGAUCCACUUCAGAAGUGGUAGGGUUUUUGUACCUCUUAGCUGGGCCAGGGGCUGCAGAAACCCAAACUGCUGUUGCUGAUGGUGACUCCGAUGGGGAAAUCUGCUGGGUGCCCAUAGAAGGUGAUGGGGGGGCUUGCUCCUGAAGCCUCUACUCUUGUUGGGAGACAGAAGUGUCGGGUGGUGGUAGUGUUGGGUGUUCGCAGUCAUUUCUUGCCUGUGUGGCUGAUGGGCGGUUGGGUUCCAGUAAUUUAUGAACAAUAGCAGUAGUACUUUGGGUAGAGUAUGGAGAGAGACCACGGGUUAUGGUUCUUGUAGGCUCUACUGGGCAGCCUUAGGCAAGUCACAUGUCUUGGGACCGGUUUCUGCAUCCGUGUCGCAGGUGAGUGUUUCUAAACAAUCUCCAACAUUCAGUGUCUGUCAGAUGGAUGCCACAGAACACUCUUCCUGCUCUGGACCAUGGGCUGGACCACUAAGCAGACUCAGGAUGUUAUUGUCACAUUCAUUAUCCCCCUGUCCCUCAUGGCCCUCCAGGAAUAAUCUGCUGAUUGGGCUCCUGGACCUAGGGCACAGGGGGUCAGGCACUGUGGAGAGAAGGGUCCCAGAUGAGGCUCUCUUGAACUCCAAGACUUUAAUAAAGGCACUAAAGUCACUUUAAAGCUUUUGAAGGAGCAGAAGGGCGUUAGCCUCAGCAAGCCUGUGGCUCCGGGCAGGGCUUCUCAGCUCAGUUGAGAACUUCCUUCGCCCCACCUCAGAUUCUGGACUUGAGGACUGCAGCACAUGGGGCGGUGCCUUUCCCUGCCAUGUGUUCUGGGUUGCAUAGUAGUCCUGAGCAUCUCGUAGCCAUCCUUAGGCUCGGGCUCUUGCCUUAGCACGUAGCUCUGUGGAGGUAUUCCAAAGCUUUUAGAACAAAAUAAAAGCUAAAGAAGUGGGGUAGGGCUUUUCUGAUCGAGGAAAAACAAAGUCUCCCUGGUUCCCCUUCUCAGCCAAGCUUUUCUCAGUUGCUGUCUCUUUUCAGCUCUUUGGCCCAGGAGGGGGCUAAGUGUGGUGCCAGCUGGCAAAAAAUAAAAGCGCUGGGCCCUCUUGCCUGCAGAGACCCUUCCUUGUUCCAAACUGAAGGUAGUUCCCCAGCUGCCCUCAGUGGUGAGCUGGAUGCCAGACUGGUUUGGUUGGGGAGAUGCACCGCCGUAGAUUGUGGCAAGGAUUGAAGACUGCCACACCAGGAAAGCUGGUGUUGAGGCAGGUAGACAGCUCAAUGGAAGCUCUGGGAGGCCUGGGUGUUGGGGCUGGAGCUCCUGGUCCCAGGAGCAGGGCAGGUGUUCCUAGGUGGCAGUAAUUUCGAUGUCUUAGGUCCUCCUAAGAUUUAAGACCUCCGUCUCUGAGUGGCUCAGAAACCAGGAGGUUGGUAUGGUUUAACAAUCCGGCACUGGGAACUGCAAGGACAGAAGUAUCCUCUGAGUGGAUCUCACUGGGUCAGAUGGCAUCUUCCAGGGGCAUGUAAAGGGGGUCUCUGCUCUUCAGGUGAUUACACCUGUCUCACUGUCACCUCUCCGCUCUCAGGCUACCCAGUGUGGUCUAAACUUGGGAGAGGUAGUUUCUGGGGCUGCCUGAAGGGCAUUCUUAUCCAGGGUCACUUUGCUCAGGGACUCCCGUCUCCCCCCCCAUUGCAGCCAGUGCUGGGAGUGUCACUGUCUCCAGCAGGGCGUCAGGUCCGGGUGAGGUUCACCAGCUUUUGCGAGCCGGGCAGCCAGCGCCACAGAGCCCAGCCUGCCGGAGGUGUUGGCUGCUGCCAGGUGGUGCGGGGGCCGCGGCGGGCGGCGGGCUGACAGCCGGUGGUUUGCGUGGGCUGUGCCAGCUGAUGUCUAUUCCCAGCCCUGGGAGGAAGGGGGACGUCAUUUAUGUUCUGCAGGAGGAAGGGGGCCCCAGCUGUCACCUCUCUGACCGGGAGGCCUGGGGGGCAGGGGCACAGGGCCAGGAGGGGCACAGGUGGUCUUCUGCCGAGCCUGUCUGACUGCAGUAGACAGAGCAGGUCACCAGGAGGAGCCCUUCUUCCCGGUCGGCCAGCCUGGGGGGUACUUCCCGCCCCCCUCCUCUGCGUCUCUCCCUGCAUCACCACCUGCCCUCCCAUCCUGAGGCAGCAGCUGGACAACCAUUAGACCUUGGCGCCAGGGCACUCUUCCUCCAGCUGGGAUCUGGGUGGCUGCCUGCUGCACAGCCCCUGGCUUGUGUGGUUUCCUCCUCCCUACGCCCUGUUCCCACCUCCCUGUCUCUCCCCAUCUGGGAUGUUAGCUGGGCUCCUCAGCAGUGAGGCAGAGGCUCUGGGGUGAAGGAGCAAAUGGCUGCCCUUUUGCCCUUGUUCCCUGACUAGGGAAAGCUGCUAGUAGUCAGCCUGUUUUGCCUUUAAAAAAAAAAAAAAAAAGGCCGGGGUGCUCACAUUAAAAAAAAAAAAAUUGCAUGUCAUUUGCACAGAUUUGCAUAUCAGGCUCACUAAGACUUGAUUCCAAAUAUGAUUAUGUUUCAAACUCAACCUUGAGGACAUUAGAAAUGUAGAUGUUUUUUGUAACCAAAUCCAAAUGGUAACAGGAUUAUCGUCCUGGGUUCAGACCCUCCCCCCAUCUUCCCGGAACCACUCCUUGCCUUGAGCCCCACCGUAGCUGGGGUUGGUGUUGAAUGGCAGGAGCUCUGUGUCUGGGGAAGUCUUCCAGCCUCACCUUCUUGGCUGCUACGCUGCAGCAAAGGUCGGUUACCGGGUCCCUUGCUGGCCCGUUCCUCCUCUCCGUGCCACCCCAGGGGGCCGACUGCCCAGCCCAUCCCGACACUGGCCUGUACCUUCUUCCUCAUUGUCCUCACCCUUCCACCCCCGUGCAUGGCUGCUCUGGGUCUUGUUUUUCAAACCUCACUGUGGGAGAUCUAGGCAUCCUCCCCGAGCCAGCUGGCUGCUGUGCCAAGGCCUGUUCAGAGUUAAUAAUAAUCAUUAGCUGCACAGGGGCCUUUCAGUUCCAGAGCUCUAGGCACUUGCAGGCUGAGUCAGCCACUCCCCCCCCCCCCCCCCCCGCCGGAGUGUAACAGAAUGGGGAGGGGCAGGGGGGUCGGAGGCUCACUUCCUAGCCAUGGCUUGAGGCUGCUGUCCUCUGGGAGUGGGGCCCGAGCACCCUCUGAGUAAAUCACUAAGGUCUUUUCACCUGACAAAAGUCAAGACGUGGGGAACAAAGCGUAGGCUCCACUGAGAAUAGCAGUGGCAGCUGUUGACUCUGAACCGCUAGCAUGCUGUCCUUCUCUUACCUGUCUUGACUUCUAGAGGACACCCCUGCUCCUGAUGCCCCAAUCUCAGCAUUUCUGGGGGCCCUUUGCAGGCUUAGGGAGCAGGGAGGCUUCUGGGUUAGUGCUCUGUUACCCUUGUAUCUGGUUGACCUAAGAGCCUGUGAAUCAGGCAGCACAAAGUGCAUUGUCCUGGGAGCCAGGAGAGCUGAAGCCUGGGUUUGUUCAGCUCCUCACAAGGGUGUGGCCAAAGGCAAACCACUUACUGCUCCACCCACCUACCUCACAGGGAUGUUGUGAGGGUCAGAGGAGAGAAUGCAUGUUAACAAGGGAUUGCAGAGUCCAAAGCAUUAAACAAAUGUAAACAGCUGUGUUGAGAAGUA